AUCGAGCCUCGCCGCUAAUUACCUCCAGCUGUGGCCGAGCGGCGCUUUUACGCGCAGAUUGAAAGUUAAAGAUUGAAGGACAGCAGCUUUUUGCGAUGAAAGCGAACUGGUACCUCAGCAUCUUAUGGAGUGUUUUAUCACUUAGUCACCUCAGCUGCGCGCUGGACACGGACGAGUCUCCAUUUAGGAUUAGGAAAAGGACCAAAUCCAAACCGCCAGGGACAGGGGACCGGGGACCUUUUACGAAGCUCCGACUUGCAGGCACUCGACUCGGUUCACGGGGGCCUUACCUUCCUCCUCCUCUUCCUCCUCCGGCACCUCGAUCCGUGCGUCCGGGAGACGCAGAGGCAAAGACCCCGCCGGACUUUGCGUACCUCCCGGACGUCUCCGUGACCUGCUCCACGUCGGACUUUGUCGUGCGGGUCAAACCGUCUUUCUACGGUCUGGGCGCUGGAGCCGAGGAGCUCAAAUUAGGCAGCAGCUGCAACAGCAACGGGGUCCUCAGGCCGUACGGGGACCUGCUCUUCACGUAUCCGCUGACGUCUUGCGACGCCGUGCGCGAGUCGCCCUGCGGUUAUCUGAUCUACAAAUAUGUGCUCCAUUAUGAGCCUUCGCCAAGACGUUUACCAGGCAGAGCGCACCGGAUCGAUGUCGACAUUGAAUGCCGUUACCACAGGAAUCACCAUGUGUACCAACUGGCUGUGCAGCCCACAUGGGAAACGACUGUUGUGCGUAAAAGGCUGAAGGGGGCUCCAAGUGACUUCCUGAUGGAGUUGAUGGAUGAUUCAUGGAGCAGACCAGUCAAGUUCCAAGAGUACCAGAUUGGAAAGACCAUUAACUUGCAGGUCUCCGCUCCUAAUAUCACAACUACUGGGAAAGUCUAUAUCAACACCUGCUAUGCUACACCAUCCAGUGGCUCUACAUCAUCCCUCAAAUACGCCAUCAUUGACAAUUUUGGCUGUAUGUUGGACAGCAAGAGCGACCCAGGGGGCUCUCAGUUUAUCUCUCGGACAGACAAGACCCUGAGAUUCUCCCUCAAGGCUUUCCAGUUUACGUUCGACCCGGACACUGAGGUCAAUAUUCACUGCAAAGUGUUUGUCAUGGCGGAGGACCCGGGUCCUGCCCACAAAUCAUGCACCUACAUAGCAAACAGAUGGAAGGCCCUCGCUGGGGAUGACUCCGUCUGUAAAUGCUGUGAUUCACAAUGUGUGAGUUCUAAAGCUCGGCGGGCCUUGACGGAAGGUUCUGCCAGCAGUGGUCCACUGUUGGUCUCUGACCAGCCGUACUCUGCAGAAGAUAGCUUUCCACCAGACGGCGAGGCCACAAUAAACCACAACGAUGAGCUAAAAAGUGACGAGGACCUUUGGGAAAGUCCAGAUUUUGUAGAGAACGAUUACUACGAAGAGCAAGACUACGCCGAUGAAGAGGAGGGUGGCUUUAUCCUUGGAGCGAUGCCAGAACCUGAUUUGGAUGAGUUAGGUUUUCAGGGAAGGGUCUUUACGGACGACAAAGAGUUUGAAGUGAAGGAUUCAAAUCCGUUCGAAGAGGAUGGGUUCGAGUAUGUAGUAGAGGAGAGUGAUUUGAACCAGAAGGAAGCCGAAGUGGCGCGACAUUGGGUGGAGGCGGCGGAAAUGUUCCCGCCAGAAGAACACCUACAGAUGCUCGUAUCUGAAGGUGAAGAAAACACUAAGCAUACAGGUGGAGGAGGAGGAGGAGAGGAUCUGUGGACGGACUCUGAGGUGGAGUGGAACAAUGAUGAAGGCCAGGCAGAUUUAUUAAAUGAUGGUGAAAUGACCUGGUUUUUCAGAUGGAGGUAGCAUUAGUUAAUGAAUAGAGAAGUACUCUGCUUAAAGACUUUUGUAACUCUCCAUGAUGGACAAAUAUUCAAACUUAUUUCAAUAAAAACAUGAAAAUGCA